AAGAGGGGGAUGCAUUGGUCAAAGGGGUUUGAAUUGAAUAGAGUGCAAGUAAUGGUGGUGCAAGCUGCAAGGAGGACUGGAGGAACAGCUAAUGUAUGUAAAUCCCACCACAUGGGUGGAGUUAAGGAAUGCACGUGCACACGAUUCGCAGCCGAGCAGGAUUCCAUGUCUGUGGAUGUGAUAAGAAAGGCGUAUGAGGCAACCGAAGAAGGCUUUCUAGGGGUGGUGGCGAAACAGUGGGCAGUUAAGCCACAUAUAGCAGCGGUUGGCUCAUGCUGCCUGGUCCGUGUGGUCUGCGAUGGGAAGCUUUACGUAGCUAACGUUGGGGACUCCCGUGCCGUUCUUGGAAAGGUCAUCAAGGCCACAGGUGAGGUUAUUGCGCUUCAGCUCUCAGCUGAGCAUAAUGUGAGCAUAGAGUCUGUGAGGCAGGAAAUGCACUCCUUACAUCCUGAUGACCCCCAUAUUGUCCUCUUAAAGCACAAUGUCUGGCGUGUUAAGGGCCUCAUUCAGGUAUCACGAUCCAUUGGAGACGUGUAUCUUAAGAAAGCGGAGUUCAACAGGGAACCUUUGUACACAAAGUACCGACUGCGGGAGUCCAUGAAAAGACCCAUCUUGAGAGGGGAACCAUCGAUAACUGUGCAUGAUCUCCAACCAGACGAUCAGUUUCUGAUAUUUGCAUCAGACGGACUUUGGGAGCAGCUUAGCAACCAAGAGGCUGUUGAAGUCGUUCAGAACCACCCAAGAAACAAUGUUGAUGCGGGGAUAGCGAGGAGACUGGUGAAAGCUGCGCUGCAGGAGGCAGCAAAGAAAAGAGAGAUGAGAUACUCUGAUCUCAACAAGAUUGAGAGAGGAGUCAGAAGGCAUUUCCACGACGACAUCACUGUGAUUGUCCUCUUCCUGGACACCAAUCUGCUCAGCAGAGCCUCCUCUCUCAAAACCCCUUCUAUUUCUAUUCGUGGUGGUGGUACCACUUUAUUACCUAAGAAACUUUAAAACCAGGUUCCAUCCAUCUUGUAGUUAUAUUUAUCCAACCAAAGAUAAGUUUUUUCUUUUCCUUUAUGUUUUAUGUCUUUUGGGUUCACUCUACUUGUUGGUAUAAGAAAUGUAUAAUUUUAAA